ACUCUGCGAUCUGAUCGCACAAAAUCUUUCGCAGUUUGCUGAUAAAUUGGCUUGGAUUUGUGGCCGAUGUCCACCGAUUGACUCUGUACUCGCCACCGCUAGAUUUCUUUCUAAAUGCCCCAAUUUCGACGACAUGAGGCCCUAACCGGCAGUCCUAGGGUUUUUUAAGUCGAUUCCGUAUUCUUUUUGGCCACAGUCGUUUGGAAGCGAUUCAAUCGAUUCGUUCGAUUUUUUGAGUUAUGUGAAUAAAGCCAGUGAGUUGUCGUCGGAUUUUGCCAUGGCCGUUCCGGAGUAUACGGGAGAGAUUGUGAUGUCGGCGAUUAACAAUGUCAGUGGGGAUUUGGGGGUUUCAAGGGUUUUCUUGAAUGCUCUGUUGCAGUAUUUUCCUCAAAUUCUUCCUUCCUAUGCACACAAAUUAGUGUCCACUCUUCUAGAUCGAUUUGAAAUUUCGGUUCCUAGUUCACCGAAGCAGCUAGUUGCGAUAACACCUGAAGCGUCAUCGUCUCAGAGUUCGCCCCUCAGUGCAAACCAUUAUCAAUCAAAUGAGAGAAACAGUCCAGGAAACGAGGUCAGCAAUGCCUCUAGUUCUUCGAGCGGUGAGGCUUCAAGGGUUACAGAUGAGAAGACCAGUGCAUUGUCGUCGAAAGGAUUGGUGAUGAAUGGGGGCAGCCUUGCGUGUAAGAGCAAUGUGGAUAUAUUUGGUGCUGGUGUUGGGUUCAAUGAUGGAGGAGGAGGCUGUUCCGCGACGUACAAGCGAGUGGUAGCCUCUUUUGAGGAAGAGCCUAUAAGGAAGCGUGACCGGACGGAACAGGGGCAGCUACUGAAAGUUGGAAUCAAUAAAAAGCUGUCGGUUUAUCAAGCUGCAACCAGGUUACAAAUCAAUAGUCUUUCAUCUGUUGAUUUGGAUGGGAAGUCAUCGAAGAGGUUGUUGCAUGGAACUUUGGCAUUGUUGAUAGAAGCUGCUGAAGCAUGUUUAUUCUCUGUCUGGCGAAAGUUGAGAAUUUGUGAUGAGCUCUUCGGCUUAUUGUUUGUGGGGAUUUCCCAAAUUGCUCUCACUCGUUGUCGUCAGCUGCUGCGUGUCUUGCUCAUUCGCUUCAAACCCCUUGUGUUAAGUACAUGUGCUCAGAGACUUGAGGCAGAUUUUCUAGGACCUCUAUUUCUUGUUGUGGCUGAAAUAUGUUCAGAUUUUGAUCCUAUUGUAUAUGUGGAACCUGCACUUUUGAAGUUAUUCCGCAAUUUGUGGUUCUAUGUCGCUCUCUUUGGGUUUGCACCUCCAAUUCAAAAAACUCUAUCUCCGAUAAAGUCAGUUUCCCGUAAUCUGAAUAGUGUAGGGAAUUUCUCUUCAAGCAGUAGGUGGGCCAUACAUGUGGAAUACUCAGUGGCUUUCUGCUGUUCAGCGUAUUUCUCAAGGGACCCCACCUCUUGUAAGUUGAUCAAUAAAAAAUCUUCCCUGAUUCUGUUCUCCGUUUGA